CUGGCACGGAGAUGUAACCGCGUCGGGCCAGACCUACGUUAGUUCAUGUAGGCCCCCUAGGCCAGACGAGGCUUUCAUGGAUGUGUAAAUCCCCUCCAGUAAAGAGGAAAAUUCAAAUCUGCACUAGGACGCCUUUGUACGAUGUUUCGACUUGGCUCAUUGGCUGGAGCUUCGUAGAUCGGACUCAAAAUUUCGUGGAUUUGGGCCUUAAAGGGUUGCAAGGAAAUAACUGGUGUUACAAUCUUAACAGGUUCUGUUAUUGGAUCGCACAAUGAAGAUUAUAGGUUGAAUAUUUGAUAUAAUAUAAUGAGCCUAUCAAGAGAAUCCAUAAUAAUUUGCGAACCAUCGCCAUCUAUUUGCAAAGUAAAUAGGACUAGAAGAUGGACAAGCAAAAAAAGAAAUAAUGGUGGAAAAAGGAGGAAAGUUGAGGAACCCCCAAAGGCGCCUUUAAGAGUUGAAGAAUAUGAAAGUCCUUUAAAGUAUUUAAGGAUAAAUGGCAGGAAGCGUUCACUGUCUUCAAGCAAAAGUGACAUAAUAGUUAUUGAUUCACCAGAGAUUAAGGUAUCUAAGACGCGAUUAAAACAGAAAUGUAAGAGACUGAGUCCUAUUCCUAUUACACCCGAGGAUAAUGCUGCGCUUCAAGACAGUGUAAUUAUCAUUAGUGAUAGUGAAAUUGAGUCAAACAAAGCUGAUAAGGUUACACAUUCACAUGAUCAAGUCUCUCCAUUGCCUAAGGAAGCUUCUUCUAUCCUUGAAUCAGAUUCUGAGGACCUAAUUCUAGUUGAAUGUUCCAAUAUAACGGAUAAACAUGCCGAUAGAACAAAUCCUGUCCCUCAAGUUCAAAAAGGGUUUUAUAGAACAAGGGCAUCCGUGAAGAAAAUGAGGGAAGAAAUGUCAAAAGAGAACUGUCAGAAGACCCCUCAAGAAAAUAUGUUAGAUUCAGAUAAGGGAAAAAUAUCUACUUUGGCAUCCAAACUGCAUCUUCAGGAAAAAAGUAAACAAGUGGAAGUACAAAGAAAGGAGAAAAAUAUUGAACCAAAGGAGGCAUCACAGGUAUCAGAAGAAAUCGCAGUAAUAUGGACAUCUAAUACAAAUACAUGUCUAACAACAAAAUCUACGUAUGAACUUGAAACCUGUGGCACUUCAAAUUUGAAUGCCACUAACGAGAAACAAACUGACAACUCUGAUACAUCAAAUUCGAAUGCUACUGAUGCUGUUAAAAUGGUGAUCGAUCCGACAACUUCUCAAAAUCUGAAGUCAGACAGAUCGAAUCUUCAUAACCUAAACGCAAGGAGUAGGAAUAUCUCAAGAAGGAUACGUUUAAAAAACGCAGGGAAAACUCCGAUGAUGGGAAAAAAGAAAAUGAAAUGUUUGCAAGAUAUGGUAUUCAAUCAGGCUUCAAUAUCAUCCAAUAAUCAAUAUUCCCCGUUAAGCGAAACUGUACAAGUAGACUGUGAAAGAAGGCCGCCCGGCAGUUUAAGAGAAAUAAUAAUCGAUGGAAGCAACGUAGCCUUUGCGCAUACAGCUGGGAAAUGUUUCUCGAUAAAAGGAUUACAGCUGGUGAUAGAUUAUUUUAAGAGUCGCGGUCACACGGUCAAGGCCUUUGUACCCCAUCACCGACGUUCUCCAUGUCACAAAAUCCUGGAACAGCUUUACAAGCAGGGUAUCGUCAUCUUCACCCCUAGUAGAAAUAUAGAUGGUAAAAUGAUAACACCAUACGAUGACCGGUACAUAUUGGAAUACGCAACAAAAUGCCAAGGCAUAGUAAUAUCCCAUGAUCGGUAUAGGGAUUUAUAUGAUGAGAAACCAGGAUGGAAAGAUACCAUUAAUAAGAGAUUGCUCGAGCCAACUUUUGUGGGAGAUUACGUCAUGUUCCCAGAUGAUCCUUUAGGAAGACGGGGCCCGAGCCUAUAUGAUUUUUUGCGUCACUGAUUCAUAUUUUUUAUAACGAGUUCUUUUCAUAAUUUUGUUGUAUUUAUCAAAUAGUAACCAAAGACUGGUUGCUGUGCA